CUCGUAAUUUGAGGUUGCUUGGCCGCGGAGCGGACCAAUCUGCACUACGCACGCCGUCGUGGCGUUAUAUUAGUUUAGAGGAACGUGCUGCGCGCAUCACUCUCGGUGUCCAGGACCAACGACCCUCCGACGGCGAUUUGGAGAAGGAGAGCAGCCAUGGCGGCGAGGCGAGCAGUGCUCCUCGCAUGGCUCGCGCAAGCCCACGCGCUGCGCCUCGCGCGGCCACCCGCACUAAAACCGAAGCGCCUGGCCAAGGCCGCGACCCUAACCACCGCGGCGCUCGCCGGCGGCGCGCGUAAAGCGCUCGCGUCGGGCGUCGAGGCCGCGGCCGGCGCGGCGGCGGCGGAAGCGCUCGCCGGCGAGACGGCCGCCGAGCUCGCCGAGACGGCGCUGACGGCGGCGGUGGGCCCGUCGAAGUUUGUGGUGGUGCUGCGCUUCGCGUUUUCCGCUUUUUUGCUGUCGUUCGUGCUGGGCAGGGUACGAGCGGUCCUCGCCGCGCGCGCCGAGAGGCGGCGGUCGAGCUUCAACAGCUUCGCGGCCAUGGGCGCGCAGGAGGCGCCUCCAUCAAAAGCGGAUUCGACGGUCAUCGACGUGCCAUCAACUCCGGUGCCCGCGCCGGUGCCAGCAAAGCCGGCGCCGCCGCCCCCGAAGCCGGGCACGGUCGAACCCCCUCCGAAAAAGAAGAAGCGCGUCCUCGACAUUUUCCGCAAGAAGGCGACGCGGCCCGUGCGAUCUCGGCGUCCCGUUCACGCCAUCGACGCGCAUCGUCUCCAGGAGAGGAUGUCGUGACUGGUUUCUUUUCUGAUUUUGAGGCCGUUCGAUGCUCCGCGCAGGUGGAGCUCGAGGAGAUGCUGACGGUGCCGCCCGAUGAGGACUUGGAAGCUCCAGCCAGGGCGACGCGCGCCUUCUCCGUGGCCGUCGCCGGCUUGUUGAUCGCGUCCGUGCCCGAGGCGGCGUUGUGCGGCCCCAAGUUCGCGCAGUCGCUGGCCGCGCCGUGGGUCGACGCGCGCGCGGGCCGCAUCGAUACAGAAGCGCGGGCCCCCGUUAAAACGGGAGAGGUCGACGCCAAGACCUGGGCGCAGCGCACCGGCGAUGUGAUCUCGCAUUAUGAUUUUGGAGUAAGGGCCACGAACGCGGCCAAAUACCACGUCAAGGCCGACCCGCCGAAGAAGCGCGCCGUCGCCGAAGAGGACGUGGCACUCCUCAAGAAGGAGCUCGACAAGCUCCAAGCCGCGGGCUUGGGGCUGGACGCGGCGGCGAACGCCUUCGCGGACGUCGUGAACGCCGGUCUCAUCCCGUUGGUCGACGCGGCCGUGCCGUCCCUCAAGCAGGGCGACGCGGAAAGUCUGCCUCCAUUAUCAAACGUGGUACGGGUCGCGGCCGUCGCGGGUCUGGCGUUCGAGGAGCUCGGCUUGGUGCCCUUCGCGGGGACGCCCGUCGUCUACGAAGGGAGGGCCUCGCGGUCGCAACUGCAAUCAUUAUUCGCGCGCUACGCCGCGGCGGGCGUCGCCGCCGGUUUAGAGGAAGAGGGCGGCGUGACGGAGGAGGGCGAGGCCGUCGACUUGGCUGCGGUCGACACGCUCCAGGCCCUCUUCCAGAUCUCGGACAAGCAGGCCGAUAGAUUAGCGCAGCAGGUCGUGACCUGUGUGGAAAUCAACCAGUGCGCCGGGUGCACCCGAUAAUUCUUCACUAAGUCAUUUCUCGGCGGUGAGGAAUCAGCAUCGCCACGCCAUCGAGCAGGCAUCGCGUCGAUGGCGUGGAGACUGCAACACGAACGCGUCGUAAAAUUUUGAUUUGCACACAGGUCGUGACGAAGCUCGUGCAGCAGAUGAUGGAGAAAGCGGGAGACGGGGACCAGGAGGGGCUGCUCGCCGCGCUCGCGGGCCAGGAGGGCAUGCCGGGCAUGCCUGGGGCCAUGGGGGGCAUGCCGACGAAUCCCCAGGAGCAGAUGGCGGCGCUGCGCGAGUUGGUCGACUCGGGCCAGCUCACGGACGACGACAAGCGGGAGAUCAAGAAGAUGUUCGCCGAGAGUUUGGGUGGGGGCGACGUCGACGAGAAGAUCCGCGAGGCGAACAAGAACCGGGACCAGCUCGACGCGCAGGCGCGCGAGGCGCUCGACCUGCUGAACAAGCUCAUGGUCUAAGUAGGCGUAUAUCUUUACCCCGUCCGACGGACGACGUCCGCGCGUUUUGUCCCACGCGAUCCGUCGCGGCUCAACCCGCACUUAACCUUUGUCGCUAGCGUG